AUGCUUGCCACGCCGACUUCGGCCUUCAAUUCCGCGCCUUCUGCCUCGGCCUCGACUCCACCGCUUUCCUUGAGCGAUGCUAGCAUCGCUUGGCUCAAUUCAGCUGCCAGCGCCAACGAGUGGGUCCAGAGGCUCGCAAGUCCUGAUCACUUCAGCCACUCAUCUUCUGGCCACGGUGGCACAUACAAACCCACGCUUCGCGCCAAGCGAAGCAGCUCGAGCAACACCAGCGACGUCGACGAGGCUCUCAAGCCCUCUAGCAUCCGACCGGCACUCAAAUCUUCGAAGUCGUAUGCCGGCAGGCCCGACGGACCACGCCGGCAUGUGACGGUACGACUGCCAGAGCAUGUGGCUCGCCGUUGGCCGAGCGCGCGCACCGAAGCUCAGGCUUGGGAUGCCCCUUGGAUCGCAGCGAUGCACGACAGUGACAUCGAGGCCGACUUGGAGGAUGAUGACCACCAUGAUGACGACGAAUCCUCCACUCGUCUUGUUUCUUCGCCAGCCCACGGCUCGCCCCGGCAGCCAGCCACGGCGGCACGACAAGCUCAACCCAUCAGGCCUGCAGUCGACUCCUUCGACGUGGAAAGGUCAACGCUAUCGCUACGCCGCACGCGCACCUUCGCUGAGGCUCCGAAGUUUGACGCCGCCGCCUCAACACGACCCUGCAACCUGAUGGCUUUGCGUCGCAAGCGACGUCAUGUGCGCUGCGAGUCCGCACCAGAAGCAUUCGGGCAGGAUCUACAGUUGAACACUGCCUUGCCGAUCGAGAGACCAUCGUCGCAACUCGUUCCUGCGAGUCCACUCGCGUAUCCUGUACCUUUCUGGGAUCACAGCCGUGCAUACAGGGCGGCGGACAAAGGCAGCCUCGGUCCUGCAGACAAGCUACCGCGCAAUUCGAGUGAAUCCAGCUUGGUCAGCUGGGCAUCCAGCGAUGGAAGUUGCCACGGCGAUGCUGGUGAUGACGACCCUGAGCAGCAGCUUGCCACCGCGAUCGCGCGCUCUGAUGCAUCUGCAUCUGGACUACGUUCGGCUGCGCUCCCUUCAAGUCGUGACCGUAGAGAAACCUCCUUCCACCACAAUCGGCGCAGCGUCAGCUUGGACGACGUCGAUUUUGACGACGUCGAGCACACUGACGACGAUGGUCACGAGAUUUACAGCAGCGCGGGUCCGAUCGCUGCGACCAUCUCUGUUUUGUUCGGUGGUCAGUCCUUAAGCCGACCAACCCGCAAUCACUCCUCCCGUCACAAUUUCGACACGGCCAUCCGCAGCACUACGCCUCGCCGUGUACGGCGCGUGCGCGCAGCUACGACCGGUAGUUUUCCAACCGACACACCAGCCACUCUUGUAGCCGAGUCGCGAAGAGGCCGGAACGUGCAAAAGUCCUCGGGAUCGUGGUUGGAUCUGGCGAAAUGGCUCGUGGGCUUCUCUGACAGCACGGUUGACCAACCUGUCAACGCUAAUGCCAGCGAAGUGCUUUCCACGAGUGAGGUUCAGCCCACGACCACUGCUCGACUGCCAAUGCCGUCGGCCAUCUCGCGUAGCAGCAGUCUAGCCAGUCUUGGAAGUCUCAAUAAUUUGCCAUCGCUCGUGCAUGAUUCGGACGAGGCAGACUCCGACUCUUCCCGAGAGGAGUCUGAGUCAUCGUCAGCGCACCGCAGCUGGUCCCUCAGCUUCCCAUCCGGCCGGACGUCGAACCGCAGCGAGGUAGACGAUGACGGUCUGAAAGCAGCUUGGGGCGACCUUGCCGAGGUUCAGGCUAGCAAGGCUAAGAAGGCACGGGCAGAGCAGCUUCGUCGAAAGAAUCAAGCAAUAACGCUGCGCUUGACCCCCGUCUCAUCAACGCUCAACAGUCCUGCGCAGGGAAAGAGGUCUGCUGACCACGCAGCUAGCUCGUCCAUUGCCCCUGUCAGCCCGUUGUGGGACCGACAUUUCGAUGCAGAAGACUCGAACGCCCCUUAUACGCGCAGCUGGGCCAGCGUUCUGGGCGUCUGA